CCACGGGAGACCGAGGGAAGCUCCAGACUCAAGUACGCCAAUGCAAGCAAUGAAACGGCAAACUUGAAAUGUUUUUCAGUGCCAUUUGGAUGGGUAUUUGCUAUAAAUGCAGUACGUCUUUGAAAUUGCGAGGCCAUAAAGUUGGGAACGCCUUUGGAAUGAAGUGGCUGUGUAUCGUCAGAGACACUUAACGGUAACUGCUAAGUGGCUAAGCUAACGGACUCGGCUAAUAUUGACACCACAUUCAUCAUAUCGAGGCCACACCGUGUAGCUGGUUUUAGUUAGCCGAGAUGGAUAACUGAUUCUUGGUUAGUUAAUAUAUUUACGUUGAUAGGGAUAACUUUGUUGUAAGCCUUUUAUUUCCUAUUGACUGAGGUCUGUAAACGUCAACGGCACCAUGUUUAUCUACCUCAGCAAAAAGAUUGCUAUUCCUAACAAUACCCUUCUAAAAUGUGUCUCAUGGAACAAAGAUCAAGGCUUUAUUGCCUGUGGGGGAGACGAUGGUCUCCUGAGAGUGCUCAAGCUUGAAACUCAGACAGAUGAUGUCAAACUUAAAGGUCUUGCUGCACCCAGUAAUCUAUCAAUGAACCAGACUCUAGAGGGACACAGUGGUGCAGUGCAAGUGGUCACAUGGAACGAACAAUACGAAAAGUUGACGACCAGCGACCAAAAUGGCCUCAUCAUUGUAUGGAUGCUUUACAAAGGUGCGUGGUACGAGGAAAUGAUCAACAACAGGAACAAGUCCGUGGUGAGGAGCAUGAGCUGGAAUGCUGAUGGUCAAAAGAUCUGCAUUGUGUAUGAAGAUGGGGCGGUCAUUGUUGGAUCUGUAGAUGGAAACCGGAUUUGGGGAAAAGAGCUGAAGGGAAAUCAGCUCGCUCAUGUCGCUUGGUCCCCAGACAGCAAGAUCCUCCUCUUUGGCAUGGCCAACGGGGAAGUACAAAUCUACGACAACCAAGGAAACCUUAUAAUGAAAAUGACCAUCAGCUGUCUCACCAACGCAACUGGAGCUGUCAGUAUAGCCGGCAUCCACUGGUAUGCAGGAACUGGGGGAUAUGUUGAGCCAGAUUGUCCAUGUCUUGCCAUCUGUUUUGACAAUGGAAGAUGUCAGGUCAUGCGUUAUGAGAAUGAUGAAAACCCAGUGUGUAUUGACACUCUGAUGAAUGUGGUCAGUAUCCAGUGGAAUCACUGUGGCAGUGUGCUGGCAGUGGCUGGUUCCCUCAGAGCUUCUAAUAUGGACAAAGAAUUUAAUGUGGUGCAGUUCUACACACCAUUUGGAGAGCAUCUAAGAACUCUCAAAGUGCCUGGGAAGCAAAUGUCAGGAGUAGCCUGGGAAGGAGGAGGCCUGCGAAUCGGCCUGGCCGUGGACUCCUACAUCUACUUUGCCAACAUAAGACCUGAUUAUAAGUGGGGCUAUUGUUGCAACACAGUGGUGUAUGCCUACACAAAGCCAGAGCGGCAAGAGUACUGUGUUGUAUUCUGGGACACCAAAAACAAUGAGAAGUUUGUCAAAUAUGUCAAGAGCUUGAUGUCUAUCACGACUUCUGGGGACUUCUGCAUCCUGGCCAGCAAGGCAGAUGACACCCAGCCUCAGGAGGAUGCUGAGUUAGAGUCUGGGAGUCAUUCAAGGUAUGUCCUGAUUCUGUGCAACUCAAUUGGAACGCCACUGGACUCCAAAUAUAUCGACAUAGAUCCACUGUUUGUCACCAUGACCAAGACACAUGUCAUCGCUGCAUCCAAAGAAGCUUUCUACUUGUGGCAGUACAGAGUGGCAAAAAAACUGACUGCCCUGGAGAUCAACCAAGUGACCAGAACAAAGAAGGAGGGAAGGGAAAGGGUCUAUCACAUAGACAGCAAUCCAUCUGGAGCAAGUGACAACGGUCCAGAUUUUGCAAAAGCCUUCACAGCAACUCGAGAUCCCAUCUGUUGCAUUACAGCAACAGAUAAGACACUCAUUGUGGGUCGUGAGUCUGGUAUCAUCCACAGAUACAGCCUUCCUAAUGUUUGUCUUAUGCAGAAAUACACUUUGAACAACAGAGCCUAUUAUCUCUCCUUGAACUGCAAUUCCAGUCGUCUGGCCAUAAUCGACAUCGCAGGCGUGCUGACUUUGUUGGACCUGGAAGUUCGAGCUUCCACAGACGACGGCACAGGAAACCAGGCAGCAGCAGGAGACCCGUCAAAGUUUGAGCGCAAAGAUGUUUGGGACAUGAAGUGGGCAAAUGACAACCCUGAUCUGUUUGCCAUGAUGGAGAAGACCAGAAUGUACGUCUUUAGGAACCAAGACCCAGAGGAACCCAUCCAGACAUCUGGCUACAUCUGCAACUUUGAGGACCUGGAAAUCAAAUCUGUCCUGCUUGAUGAAAUCAUGAAGGAUCCAGAGAGGCCGAACAAAGACAACCUCAUCAACUUUGAAAUCCGCUCCCUGAGAGACAGUCGCACUCUGAUAGAAAAAGUGGGCAUUGAAGACGCCUCUCAAUUCAUUGAAGACAAUCCUCACCCAAGACUCUGGCGUCUGCUGGCUGAAGCUGCCCUCCAGAAACUGGAUCUGAAAACAGCUGAGCAGGCCUUUGUCCGCUGCAAAGACUACCAGGGCAUUGAGUUUGUCAAGCGCCUGGGGAACCUGCAGAGCGAGCCCAUGAAACAAGCAGAAGUGGCAGCUUACUUCAGCAGGUUUGAAGAAGCUGAGCGCAUGUACCUGGAUAUGGAUCGCAGGGACCUCGCCAUCAGCCUGAGGAUCAAGCUGGGAGACUGGUUCAGGGUGCUGCAGCUGCUCAAAACUGGUUCUGGGAACUGUGACGAUGCUCUGCUGGAACAGGCUUACAAUGCAAUCGGAGACUACUUUGCUGACAGGCAGAAGUGGGUCAACGCAGUGCAGUACUACCUUCAGGGCCGUAACCAGGAGAGGCUGGCAGAGUGCUACUACAUGCUGGAGGACUACGAUGGCCUUGAAAGGCUGACCACCGUCCUACCGGAGAAUCAUAAACUGUUGCCGGAGAUUGGACAGAUGUUUGCCACCGUGGGCAUGUGUGAACAGGCCGUUAACGCCUACCUUAAGUGCAACCAGCCCAAAUCUGCUGUUGACACGUGUGUACAUCUGAACCAGUGGAACAAGGCAGUGGAGCUCGCCAGGACACACAACAUGAAGGAGAUCAAAUCUCUUCUUUCCAAAUAUGCGUCACAUCUUCUUGAGAAGAAUAAAACCCUUGAGGCGGUGGAACUUUAUCGGAAAGCUCAUCAUUUUCUUGAUGCAGCUAGACUCAUGUUUAAGGUGGCAGAUGACGAAGCAAAGAAGAGAACUCGACCUCUGAGAGUGAAGAAGCUUUACGUGCUGGCAGCACAGCUGGUUGAAAAUUACCACGAGCAGGUGAAGACGUCACAGCAGAACAAAGCCAAAGGAAAGAAGUCUGAGGCUACGUUUGCACUCGCCGGGCUGCUGGAGGAAGACGCAACCUCUUCAGACAAUCGCAUCGUGGACAACGCGUGGCGUGGAGCGGAGGCGUACCACUUCUUCCUGCUCGCUCAAAGGCAGCUGUAUGAAGGCUACAUGGAGAAUGCCAUGCGCACAGCCCUCCACCUGCGUGAGUAUGAGGACGUCAUCCCUGCAGUGGAGAUCUACUCUCUGCUUGCCAUUUGCGCCGCAGCCAACCGGGCCUUCGGCACAUGCUCGCAGGCCUUCAUCAAGCUGGAGUCCCUGGAGAGCCUCAGCGCUGAACAGCGGCAGCUUUACGAGGAUCUGGCCCUGGAGAUCUUCACCAAGCACUCCCCAAAGGAUGGCCGUGUGAUGGAGCUGGACUCAGAAGGGUCUGAGGGGAAACUACCUACAUGCAUCGUGACCGGUCUGCCGAUCCAGGAAUACCAGUUUUGGAUGUGCAGCGUGUGUAAACACUGCGCUGUGGAGCAGGAGAUCAGCAAAUACAACUGCUGCCCACUGUGCCACAGCCCCGUAGCAUGAACACAUAACCUCACGAGAAACAGUCUGCUCAGACACAAAAAGUCCAAGUCUCUGGAAGAUAUGAACCAAAACGACUUAUUUGUGGUAACAGCUGCUCCUUGUGUCAGUCUCUGUGGUUAAUCCCCGAACACUCUAGUACAACGACCUAAACCUGAUAUGUGGCAUCAGUAGUCAGAUGAGCUGUCUUUUAUUACAUAAAUGUACUGCUUUUGCCUUCAGUGCUGUAAAAUACUACUUUUUUACAUAAAUCUCAAUAAACUACCACACUAGAGGACUAAUUCAUGAUUCAAUGUUUGAUGCUGCGGCGUCAUUCUGAUUAGAACAGUGAUUAAGUACAUCCAGCCAGAUGAGAGCCCUCAUUCCACGGCGUCUCUAGAGGUCGGUUUGGUAGAUAAUGAGGACAUUCACCUAAAGGAAACACUUCUUCUUUGUGGGUUAAAUGCACAGGGAGCACAUUAGCUGGAGGAGAUGGAGAAAGGGACACACAGCUGUUGACAUGCUGUACAGUAGGAGCACACAAACGCAAGAGGAGUGAAUUAGAUAAGAAAUAUGAGGAUAAUAGCAAGAGAGAGGAAAGAAGAGGAUAGGUGCUAAUGAAUAUGUGAACAAUGUGUGAUUAGAUGGUUUAUAUGAGUUUCCUGAUGGUUCCACCACUGUAUGACAGUUGCAUCUGCUUGUCCUCUUCUGCCAUCUGCUGGUAGGAGGGAGCGUCAACGCAGAAACAGUCACUGUAUGAAGGUUAGUUGUUGUGCUCUCCUGAAUGGAUACGCAGUGCACAUGUCGUACAACUGACGUGCAGUACGUGUAGUUUUUAAUACCCCGUAUUUGUGUCAUUGUGACAGAAAAACUGACGCCAUUCACACUCACACCUAUGGCCAAUUUAGAAUCAGCAAGAAACCUGAUGUCUCCGGACUACAGAGAAGCAAUGAAAAUAAAGUUACUUCGAUCACCAUGAGGAAGGGGAAAGAAUCAUCGAAACCAUCAAAAGGAUGAGUGAGGGUUAAGGUAGACAAAAGAUAUUUUUUCAGAUGCUUUUUAAAAGCAGUAUGAGAGGACCCAGUGGAUUUAAUUAAUUCCAUUCCAUUAUAUUGAACUGGUGUCUUGAUGUGUGUACAUGGUAAGAGUAAUUUAUAUAUUUUUUAAAGAUGGGUGCGUAUGGAGCAUAUCUGCCCCUGUCCCCCGCCCCAGUGGGAGGCGGGGGACAGGGGCUGCAGGGUGCGGGGACCCUCAGGCUGGUUCCCAGUGGGUCAGCAGGGGCCCGAGACACCACAUUAAAAUAAUUAAAAAUAGACUGAAUAAACAAAUCAGUUUCUUAGAAGAUUUAUCUUCCCUAUCCUUCCUCCUCCCCCUCCACUAUCUCUAACUAUCCUUCACUAUAGUAAUUAUUACCACUAUAAUUAUUAAUUGUUUUGUAUAUGUCUGUUGAUUUUGUUUCGUUUAUUAUCAUUAUUACUUUCUUUUUUUAAUACUUAUUAAUGGAAGCAUUGUUUUACUUCAUAUGUUCAUUAUAUAUUCUUACUAUAAUAUAAAUAACAAUUUGAUAAUUA